GCGCGCGCGAGACAACGGAUGGAAAGCUAAACUGAGUCAAAAUCACAAGAAGAAGAGUGAAUGGCAACAACUUAAGGGCGCCAAACUCUAAAAAGAUGUUAUUUUGUCAUAUUUCAUAUAUCUAACAGAUGUAGAAACAUGCCUCUGUCAACUCAGUCCCAAUCCGAUGUUGACCAGUACAUCCUGAUAGCCAGUUUGGACAAUGCAAGGAAUCUUUCCAACAUCCUAAAAGCCAUCUCUUUCAAGGACCAUGCCAUCUUCAAUGCAACACAGAAUGGGUUGAAAGUCACGGUUGAGGACUCCAAAUGCCUUCAGGCCAAUGCAUUCAUUCAGGCUGAUAUUUUUCAAGAAUACAUCAUCAAAGAGGAUGCAGUUGGCUUUCAGGUUAACUUAACUGUUCUUCUAGAUUGCCUCACCAUCUUUGGGGGAAGCACAGUGCCAGGUGUGUGCACCGCCUUGAGAAUGUGCUACAAUGGAUAUGGAUAUCCACUGACUUUGUUCCUGGAGGAAGGUGGUGUGGUCACUGUAUGCAAGAUUAACACACAGGAGCCCGAGGAGCCCAUAGACUUUGACUUUUGCAGCACAAACGUGACCAACAAGGUGAUUCUGCAGUCGGACAGUCUUAAAGAAGCUUUCUCUGAGCUGGACAUGACCAGUGAAGUUCUACAGAUUACCAUGUCACCGAGCCAUCCUUACUUCAGAUUAUCCACAUUUGGUAAUUCUGGAAAUGCCCAUUAUGAUUAUCCCAAGGACUCAGACAUGAUGGAGCUGUUCCAGUGUACAAAAAUACAGACCAACAGGUAUAAGAUGUCCCUGUUGAAACCCUCCACAAAAGCCUUGGCCCUGUCCUGUAAAGUGUCGGUCAGAACUGACAGUCGAGGCUUCCUCUCUCUACAGUAUCUCGUGAGGAAUGACGAUGGUCAGAUUUGUUUUGUGGAGUACUACUGCUGCCCGGAUGAAGAAGUGGAGGAGGAAUAGGUUUAUGCAUGAUGAUCUCCAUCUUUCUUUUUUUAGAUUUACAAUGUAUGUAGUUUGUCCGACGUUAUCAGUUAUUUAAAUUAAAAUAGAAAUGAAUGCCAUAAACCAAAUAAACUUCUAUCAAUUAAGAAAUGGUUUAUCCUAUAAUAAAAAUGUACUUUCCUAUUUACUCACCUCAAAAUGUUUCUGUUUUUUUCUCUGUUGUAUAAUAAGACAUUGAAAAUAAAAGAUAAGAUAUUUUGAAGAAUGUUGGAAACUGGUAGUCAACUGGAAGUUAAAAGUGAGUGAAUGAUGACAGAUAAAUUAUUUAAGUUGAAUUAUCCCUUUUAAUUAGUAUCGUUCUAUUAAGUUUGGACAACUCCCUGUGUAAUCGGCAGGGGGCGCAAGAGAAUUGUGUGUUAGGCAUUUGCUGUCGCUGCUUGAUGUUUUAAUAAAUAUUAAAUAUGUUAAAAAUA